AAGAUUAGGUGGUCGAUGAGGGGUAGUUCCAACCAUACACUUCACCUACGCCGUACCCGAAGGCCGAACCUGGCUCAAGUAUUGUGGGAACUGCUAAAGGCAAAGAUGUCUUCAAAUUAUGCCAGGCGUAUGGCACGCCUGAGUGCACGUAUCUUUGGUGAUGUCUACAAGCCAACAUCUUCUCAGUCAAUGAAGGUAGUACAAAUGAUGAGAGAACAACCAAGAGAAAUGAGGAAAAAUAUUGUAGAUUACUACCCACCACAUAUGGAGGCAUUUAAGUUGAUGAACUACCUCAGAUAUAUUGGACUAUACAGAGAUGAGCAUGCAGACUUCAGAGAUGAAAUGAAGCGGGUUCAGGCGAUGAAGGGAAAAGCUCCACCAAAGAAAGGAGAAGGAAAGAGGGCUAUGAAAAGGAAAUGAUGAAUCUCAUUUUUCUUAUAAUGAUAAGACUGAAUAAACUCCAAAGAUGGAUGGAUGAUUCUUCGAGAGUGAAGGGAGCUAUGAAUCAGUGUACCUAAGAACUAUUAAGAAGUGCAUUGAAUAUGAUGAACAGACUUCAUCAUUGGUAUGGUUGGUUAGUCAGAGCAGGUCAGGAUGAUGGGAGCUCUUCAUGAUACGACACCAGUGAAGAAAGAUAGUUUAUGGCAUGUACAGUAAUUAUGAAGAAUAAUAAAGCAUGAUAUAAAUUCA